AUGGAGCCAGGCUUGCUGAUGUGGGGAUUCUUCGUAUUCAUCGUUGUACCUGGCUGCAUGACAGAUGCUUGUCUUGAAGACCCACCGAGUCUCAGAAACGCCAUGUUCAAGGUCCUCAGGUAUGAGGUGGGCACCAUGAUAAACUGUGACUGCAAGAAAGGCUUCCGCAGAAGGUCGCCCUUCAUGCGCUGCACAGGAAACUCCAGCCACUCUGCCUGGGAAAACAGAUGCCACUGCGACAGCACCUCCUCCCCUAAGACCCCAGGAAAACAAGUUACUCCUGGACUCAAAGAACAGAAUGAAGAAAAAACCACAGAAAUGCAGAGCCAAAUGCAGCCCACAGACCAAGCUAACCUUCCAGGUCACUGCAAGGAGCCUCCACCAUGGGAACAUGAACGUGAACCUUUGAAGAGAAUUUACCAUUUCAUGGCGGGGCAGACAGUUUACUACCAGUGCACUCUGGGAUUCAGGGCCCUACGGGGAGGCCCUAGCAAGAGCACCUGCAAGAUGAUCUAUGGGAACAUGAGGUGGACACAGCCCAAGCUUGAGUGCAUAAGUGAAAGGGAGAACAGUCAGUUUCCAGGUGAUGAAGAGCCUCAGGAGAGCACGGAUGCCCCCCUUGGCAGUGAAAUGUCUUUUCCCUUAACAACGAGGAUGGCAGGUACCACAGAUUUCCAAACACCCACAGAAGUGGCUGCGACCAUCGAUACGUUCAUAUUUACAACCGAGUAUCAGAUCGCAGUGGCCGGCUGCAUCCUGCUGCUCAUCAGCAUCUUCCUCCUGACCGGCCUCACCUGGCAGCAGAAAUGGAAGAAGAAUAGAAGGACGAUCUAG